CAAAUCGUUGUUGACUUUAUGGAUCUUCUUCGAACGUGUCCUUGGCUCUCUCUUCUGAACCAAUUCAACUUCUUUUAUCGCUCUUAUCUGAUCCAUCGAUAAAGAAAUUAGGGUAAAUCGAACCCAUUGAAUGGAUUUCGUAAAGAAUCUAGAUACGGACAUGUCUUUAGCCAUUCUUUCUUGUCUUGAUGAUGACCCAUCAGAUCUUGUCCGUGCCAGUGCUGUCUCUCGCUCCUGGCGACACUUUGUGAUUAAGCAGAGUCUCUCCAAGAACCUGUGCUUGAAGUUAUUCCACCAGCUAAAUUGCGUGGAUCGUAUAGUAGAAACAAGCAAUGAAGAGUCCUCAGAGUCAAGCACCAGUCUCAUGGAGGAGGAUACAACAAGGCUACUUGAAAGAGAACACAGGGUUUAUGCCUUAUUGACUAAAGGAUGUACUUCCUCUCCUAUCAAAACCUGUAUUGAAGAUGCCAUUACGGCGUCUAGUACUGAUAAUUUUCCAGCAGAGAGCAUCCUGAACACACUCGACGAAAGAGAGAGAGUUGGUGCAACACCUUCCUAUUGGUCGAGUGCAGGACACCACAAGAGCUCCGUGCCCGAAACACUUGUUUACAAGCUGAAGGGUGAUUUGUGCGUCAUUACUGAACUCAGCAUCCAGCCUUUCCAAGCUUACUUUCAUCCCGGUGCACCGAUCUACUCUUCACAUUAUGUUGGUUUCCGGUUUGGUCACUUCGAUUUCAAUUCACGGGUUACAAAAGAUGAAGACAAAUAUGUAUGGACUUACACUUCACAAGAGUUUCCCAUGGCUCAGGAAAAUCGAUUGCAGAAUUUUAAGCUUCCAGAGCCAGUUCUUUGCAUUGGUGGGUAUAUGCUAGUAGAGUUUCUAGGUGGAGGAGUUCAGAGAUGUGACAUUGAUGACUUAUACUACAUAUGUGUGACGCAUGUCAAAGCGAUGGGAAGAUCAUUAGCAAAAUCGUUCAAGGUGGUGGAUCAGGAUCAUGAGUCUGGAAAGUUUGGGUUGAAGGUGUUGAGUUACAGUGAUCCACAAGAAAUGAAUGAGAAGGAAGAAGAGGCAGGGCCAAGUGAGUAUGUGUGGCAUGUUACAGACGAGGAUUAUUAUGAUUUUGACGAGGAUUAUUAUGAAUCAGACGGGGAGGUUUAGUGUCUGAAUCGAGUGUUUGUUUUCUAUUUAUUUGUUGGCUUUUGCUUCUGUUGUUAAAAGAAUCGGGAGAUUCACUGUGAGCAAAUAAACUUACAUUGAGAGUAUGUUACUAUGCGUUGGGUAGCUUACGAAAACAACCGCUUUUUCUUUGUUGGUGAGACUGAGUUCCUCAAUAGUUAAAAGGCGCCAUUAAUGGAAGGAUGAAAGUACCUCGAGG